AUGGCUCCAACUGUUGCUUUCGUUACCGGUGCUAACCGCGGCUUGGGCCUUGGGCUCGUAAAGGGCUUCAUCGCAAGGCCAGACUAUAUUGUCGUUGCUGCGGUCCGUGACCCUGCACACCCAACCGCUCAGGAACUCGCCAAGAUAUCCACAGGCAAGGGUAGCCAUGUCAUCAUGGUCAAGUAUGACGCCAGCGUCGAGCAGUCUGCCUUCGACGCCGUCAAGGAGGCUACCGACCAGGGUGUUGAUCACUUCGACUACGUCGUCGCCAAUGCCGGCAUUGCCAAGGGUUACCCCUUAGUCAGGGAUGUAAGGAGGGCUGAUAUCCUCGAGCACAUCGAGGUAAACGUAUUGAGCGUUGUGUCGCUCUACCAGGCUACCCGUGAUCUGCUUCAGAAGUCGAACAUCGAGCCCGUCUACGCCAUUAUGGGAUCCGGAGCCGGUGCUUUGGGACGCCAGCCUCCCGUCCCUAGUGCCUCAUACGGUGCCUCCAAAUCAAUCCUCAACUGGUAUGGCGUUCGGAUCAACGCCGAAGAUGAGUGGCUUAACACUUUCAUCCUGGACCCUGGGUGGGUCCAAACCGACAUGGGUAACUCUGCUGCGAAGGGCUGGGGUAUUGAAUCGGCACCGGAUACCAUUGACAAGUCCACCGGUGGUAUGGUGGAUGUGAUUACGAACGGAACCAAGGAGCAGUACGGUGGCAAGGUCGUGCUGUACACUGGCGAGGUUCAAGAAUGGUAA